AGCAACGGGAAGGGAUACGUGCUUUGCCAAGGACCAACGCCGAAGUUUUUCCCCGUUAGUUUUCUUAAAGACAGUUAUCAGUGCGCUAAAUGCCCCCCGCCCUAUAAUAAAGCGCAGCCCCCCCCCUCCUGCACAUGCUCAGUCGGCGCCGCCCGCGGAGGCCGCUUCUCCAUCUCCGCGCUCCGGCCUGCGAACCGCUACAGAGCUGGGAGCGAAGCCCCGGAGCGCCUCCCAUGGAGCUUGUCAGUGCCGCAGACGCCCCUCUAUGUUCCCCUUCACGAUGUACUUCGGGAUUUCAGUAAGAUGUUCCUGUGUUUGGAGAUGAUCUUCUUUUUCCUGGCGUUCAACACCUACGAUAUCCUCCGUGCGCAGGAUUCCUCGUGUUGUGACCAUGCAGAGGCGGUGCCCUCAGCAUGUAAGGAAGCAUGUGAUCAGCUCUCCACCAUAAAGAGCGAGUCCCGGCUGAAACAUAUGCUCCAGCUACUGCCAGACUACUGCCCAGAAUCUAUGAAUGAGCUUUGGAACUGCAUCAAUGCUUCUCUACCAGGGGCGUCCAAAAAAUCUGACGGAUGGGUGGGUCUCGGAUGCUGUGAGCUGGCCAUUUCUGCUGAGUGCCGUCAAAACUGCAAGCUGGCAUCAUCCAGGAAUGACAUCACAAAAGUAUGCAAGAAGGACUCCGAGAAACCACUUUACAACUGUAUCACCAAGAAUGAGAUGGGCUCGGUGUGUUGCAGCUAUGCCGGACGACACACUAACUGCCGGGAGUACUGCCAAGCCAUCUUCCGCACAGACUCGUCCCCCAGCGGCUCCCAGAUCAACGCCAUCCUCAGCUACUGCCAGAGCGUCAGUCCCCAGCUGAUCAGCUGUGUGGGCAACUACACCAAGUCUUACCCAAUCAGGAGCCCCGUGGACAGCCUGUACUGCUGCGACCGCGCCGAGGACUCGCACUGCCAGAGUGCCUGCCGCCACAUCCUGCGCACGCGCACCACCGAGCAGGAGAUCAUCGACGAGCUGAUUGCCGAGUGCGACCGCCAGCCGCUGCCGCAAGACCCGCUCUGGCAAUGCUUCCUAGGGAACGCGCACGCCCCCCAGCCCAGCCAUCCUGACACCUCCCCCACUGCCAAAAUGGACUGCGCCAAGCUACACUGCUGCUCCAAAGCCAACACCUCGGUGUGCAGGGAGAUGUGUCACCACAGUAGCACCAACUGGCGUAUGCAGACCAUGCAGGAGUUCGACCAGCUGUGCGAGUAUAACCCUGUGGAGGCUGAGCUGGUCAGCUGCCUGGCCGACGUCCGGGAGCCAUGCCAGCUGGGCUGCAAGGACCUCAGCUACUGCACCAACUUCAACAACAGGCCAGUGGAGCUGUUCCGCAGCUGCAACACGCAGGCAGACCAGGGCGCCAUGAACGACAUCAAGCUGUGGGAGAAGGGCAGCAUUCAGAUGCCGCAUAUGAGCAUCCCGGUGCGGGACAUCGGCAAGUGCCAGCCAGACAUGUGGAAGGCAGUGGCCUGCUCACUGCAGAUCAAGCCCUGUUACAGCAAGUCCCGCGGCAGUGUCAUCUGCAGGUCUGACUGUGUGGAGAUCCUCACCCAGUGUGGAGACCACAGCAGGUUCCGUGAGGGCCAGACUCCAGAGAGCAUCUGCGAUAUGCUGUCCCCUACUGACGACCCAGACCGUUGCAUCCCACUGGAGAAAUACCUUACCCCCAGUGCCCUGGGCGACAUCACACAGGAAGUGAUUCACCCCUGCAAUCCAAACCCCUGUCCCAGCCACCAGCUGUGUGAGGUCAACAGGAAGGGCUGCCAGCCAGGCCAAGACUGUCUUCCCUACUUCUGUGUUCCAGGCUGCAAGCUGGGUGAGGCUUCAGAGCUCCUGGUGCACAUGGACUCCCUGAUCCAGGUACCAGUGCCAAGCGGUAAGGCCGGUUGCUACGAGGUGUGCUCCUGUGGCCAGAGCGGCCGGCUGGAGAACUGUGCCGACAUGCCCUGUGUGGACAUCUCCAAGACCUGCGUCGUGGGAGGCCAGAGGAAAAGUCAUGGCUCUGUCUUCAAGGUGGACUGCCAACUGUGCUCCUGCUUUGCUGGGACGCCCAUCUGCUCCACACGCCAGUGCCUGAGCUUGCUGAGCUCGGAGGAGGACCGGCAGCACUUCACUGGUCUUCCCUGCAGCUGCCCAGACCAGUUUGUACCGGUGUGCGCCCAAAACGGGCGGACCUACCCCAGCGCCUGUGUGGCACGCUGCAUGGGCAUGCAGGACCAGCAUUUCAGCUUCGGCACCUGCAGGAGCAGGGAUCCAUGCAUGCCUAAUCCCUGCUCCAAGAAUCAAAGGUGUACCCCAAGCCGCAAGGUCUGCCUCAGUAGCACCAGUAGCUCCCCCUGCAGGCAGUACGAGUGCCAGGCUCGUUCCCUCACUUGUGACAAGAACCAGUUGGACCCAGUGUGUGACAGCACCAACACGGAGCACCCCAACCUCUGCUUGCUCUACCAAAGAGGAAAGACACUGUCCUACAUGGGCCCCUGCCAGGAUGCUUGCAGGAGCCGCAGGCCAGUGUGCGGCCAUAAUGGCGAGACCUAUGGCACGGUGUGUGAGGCCUACUCAGACCGCGCGGCGGUGGACUACGCCGGGCCGUGCCACGCCGUGGGCUCCGUGUCCGAGUUCGGCGGCGAGUCUGGCUGCGAUGCUGUUCUUUGCCCGCCCCUGCCUAGGAGAGGGUGUCAGCCCGUCAGGCCGCCAGGAGCCUGCUGUCCUCUAUGUGCUGGGAUGUUGCAGAUCCUGUGGAAUAAAGAGCAAAUGAAUGUUUUUCCUGAGUUGAAUCACAACCGGCCCAUGACAGUGCAUGACGUCCUGCGCAUCCUGCGACUGCACGUCUCUGUGCCCCAGUGUGACAUCUUUGGCUACCUGAGCAUCGACUCGGCCAUCGUGGUACUGAUUGUGCCUGUGGACUACCAGCCCACAUCUCUGCAGAUCGAGGCAUGUAACAAGGAGGCAGAGAAGAUUGACUCACUCAUCAACUUUGGUAGCCCCACCCUGGUGUCCCGCGUGCCCCUCUCCGCCUUCGUCAUGUCCGAGGUCAAGGUCUCCGCCAUCAGCCAGGCCACGCGCCCCACCCCGGGUUCCCCACCCAUCCAGCUGCUUGUCUGCGCACUCCUGGCUCUCCUGCUCACUCUGUGGGCCCCCUAGCUGCUUCUGCCCCCUUCCCCCCUCCCCCGCGUCCCAGUAUCAGGGCCUCAGCACAGCAGUGCUCCAUGAACUGCACCAUGGGAAUUUCCUGACAAUCACGCUCCGUCCCUGCCAGGCUGCGAGGAAGAGACCGCGUUCCAGAACGUUCACUGCCGCCACCUUCUGCUGGAGCCCCUCCAGCUGCGGAGACUGAGGGGGCGGCCUGGCUGUUUCUGCUGAGGGUGUGACGGCUCAGCAGUUAGACCAGGUGGCUCAGACUCCUGGGCACACAUUUGCUGUGACACCGGGCUGGCUGGCAUGCCCAUCAGUCCUGCCAGUGCCCCCACCCCCCCCAGACCUGCCAGUGCCCCCGCCCUCUAAGGCCUCCACAUUUUUAGCUUGCAGAUCCACGCCGCAUGCGUCCAAAAUACUGGCGGCAGCGAGAUCAGUGCAGAGAAGUAGCCGCACUGCCGCCUGUAAACUAACGUGGGAAAAAGGGAUGACUUGUGUACCUCGGCGUAAAUAAAUAAUCUUGUUCUCGCUAAAUGAAGAACAAUAGCCAUGCUAAUGAUUAUGACAAUCGAUGCUCGUGGGCAAUGCUGGCUCAUGGGUCCUUUGGACAUUAUAUCACAGUAUAAGUAAAAUUCUUAUAUAAUGUAAUACAGUCAUUUUAAUGUUUGAGGGAAUCUUUAUGUUUGUGUGUUGGCGAAAUCAGGGUAGGGCUCUCCUGGCCUUCAGCUAAGGGAGCGAGAUCACCGUGCCGACCGUAAUUACUCUUGCGUCUUGACAUUUACAAAGUGUUUCAUCUCAGAAUAUAAGUCAGUGGGGUUCGCUCCUCGCGUCUGAGUGCCUUUGCUUCCUCUGUCACAAGAAGUGUUUCCAGUGUCUCAGUAUUAUUGUGCUGGGGGGCGGGGGGGGGCUCGGGGAGCAGCAGGUUUAACGUACUUCCUGCGUCUGAUGCCAUCACCUCUGACGCUUUCAGGGCCUCUGCAGAAUGCGUCCUUUUUAAAUUUGUCAUUGUUAUGUUUCUGUCUUUUGUUGCAUUUUAUAUUUUUCUUUAUUUUCUCUACAAAACAUGUAGUAAAAACAAAUGUAGGCACUUACGCAUAAACUACAGUGUAUUUCUUUGUGAUUUAGUACAAAUGCAAGCGUUUGUAAUUUCUUAAAAUGCCAAGAAAAUGCAUAUUUUAUAAAUUUUUAAAUUACAAGUGUCAAAAGGA